UUUCUCAACGUAGUACGGCUGCUGUACAACAAAAAUAUUUAUUUCUUUUGCGUAGUGCUAUGUUCUAAAGAUAUUUCUAUUUUUUAUAACGAAUCUUAUUACAUUGUGAGCGAUAUCAAACGGAAAGAUGAGCGAAGGAGAACGUACACUAGUGGAUCAGUCCGAGAGCAGCUCGUUUGAGGAUUUAGCAUCGGCUGCUGCUCACGAAAUUGAGGAAGCAAAGAUCGCUGAGGCUGCUGCUUCAGCUGCAGAAAAAGAGAAGCACACAGAACAUAAAACAGUAGAAAAGACAGAAAAGACUGCAGAAGAAUGGCAGGACGUACUUGGAUCAGGAGCUUUGAUGAAGAAGAUAUUAAAAACUGGAGACGAAGAGGAAGGAUUGCGGCCACAGAGAGGCAACAUCUGUAGAAUAAGCUAUGAAAUCAAAUUACGCGAUGAACCAAAUGUAACUGUUGAAAAACGUAACCAAGUGAAGAUUUACCUUGGUGACAAUGAGAUACUACAAGGCAUGGAUUUGGCCCUAACUCUUAUGCACAAGGGUGAAAUUUGUGAGUUGCAAAUUGCACCACGUUUUGCAUACGGAGACACUGGGCUAAAAGCCGGGGAGAGCUUGGGAUUGGUCGGUGAAGCUGACAGUCCCAAGUACGAGGGGCCAACGAUAGACUCGGAGACAUGGCUGUUGAUCCAACUGGAGUUACACGAUUGGGACGAGGAGCCUGAUCAUGAAACUCUAUCUAUUGCUGAGAGGAUGGAAAUUGGCACCCGUCGUCGCUGCCGCGGCAACUGGUGGUACGGCCGGGGCGAGGCGACGCUCGCCGUGCAGCUGUACAGGCGGGCCCUCGACGUGCUGGACGAGAGCGAGGGCGGCAUCACCGACCCGACGCCCUCCGGCGCCCUCGCCCCUACCUCCGACGCCCUGCACGCGCUCCUCGACGAGCGGAUACGCGUGUACAACAACAUGGCAGCCGCGCAGCUGAAGGCCGGCGCCCUGGACGCGGCCCUGCAGGCGGUAUCCCGUGUUCUACAAUGUCAGCCCGACAACGCUAAAGCUCUGUACCGCAAGUCGCGGAUACUGUCCGCCAUGGGCCGCGGGGCGGAGGCGCUCGCGGUGGCGCGGGGGGCGGCGGCCGCGGCGCCUGAGGACGCCGGGGUGCUCAAGGAGCUGAAGCGGUGCGAGCAACGCGCUAACCGCGACAGGUCAGUGGAGCGUCGCCUCGCCCGCCGCAUGUUGGGCACCGCCCCUGCGCCCCCCACCCCUGACAAGAAGCCCUCCAGAUCGAAUAUGUUGGUGUGGGGUUCGCUGCUACUGAGUCUGCUGGUGGGCGUGGCCAGCGUGCUUGUGUACAGGUACAAGAUGCAGGCGCAGUAAUGUGGGCUUAAAAGCCGUGACGUAUGAAAAUAUUUAUCAGAAAAUUAUAAAAUAUCGUUGUAAAUUAUCAGAUAUACUUAAUAGUUGUAGAGGAUGGGGUAUAUCAUAUUUGGUUUCUGACCACUUUCUAUGGGAACAUUCUUAGGCAGGGCAUAUUCGAUAGAAGACAAAUCUAUUUUAAACACAAUUUUAAUAAAAAAACCUAACAUUUGAGAUCCAAGUUUUACCAAAGCCUGCUAUUAACUAUUCAAAUAUCAUACCUUUUCUUUCGAGAAGAAGAUAGCGUGAUAUUUUUAACAACUGUUAGCAUUAACAAGGGUUGGUGAAUUUGACUCUUAAUUCUAAAGGCAACUCAUUUCUUAUCAGAAAAUCAUUAUUUUUAAUAAAUAAUAACUUAAAAUUCUUCGAAAACGCUCUGUCCGUCUAAUGUGAUAGUCAAUGUUAAAAUCAUUUAAAAUCUUAUUGUACCUUAAUACUGUAUUAGUGAGUAAACUGCUUUAAUAACUUCUAGUGGACAGCACAGAAUAAAA